AUGCCGUGCACAGCAGAGGAUCCCACAGCAGGUGAGCACAUGCUUCAUGCACUCAGUCGACCUCACCUGGGACGUGUUGCUGAGCUACAGGUGCUGCUUUACAAAAACACACGUUUUCCAUUCAAAGGCUGUUUCUCCUCGGUGGAUGUGGAUCUAAGCAGCACACUGUCGAGCGACCACCAUGACCAGAAUAUGACAAAAACUGGAGCCUGAAGGUCUUUCUGUCUUCUGCCUCAUUUGUAUCUGUUGGAUCUGUGCACGCUGGGAAAUGGGCAGAUGUUGCAAAUGCAAUGGGAGGUUGCUCUGCAUGUGUUUGCUUCCCUGCAUGAUGACCAGCCACUUGGUGAUUUACAUCAUGGUGUACAUAUUCGUCACUAUGUCAUACUCGCCUCCAAAAUUAAGCAUACACUACAUUGCCCCAGGCUUCUCUGCUAACUCUGGGACGCUAGCUUCCCAUCCACAGAGUCCUUUCUGGAAUCUUCGCCUGGAAGACAGCGCACUGUGGAAUGGGCUGCAGCAUGUUUGGGACCGUCAGUACAAUCCCAUACUGCGUGGAAACAUGAGUGAGAUUCAGAGGAAGCCAAAAGCCAAUCUGUUAUCAUCAGUCGAGGACAAAUGCUUUCCAAGCUGCAAAUUGGGCAAGUGUUCUGUCCCUCAUGUACAUGAUUUCGACAGUAUGCCGGAACAGCUGAGAGCCUUCAUCAGGUCAAUGCACUGCAGGGACUACCCGCUCCUCAUUAACCAGCCUGAUGCAUGCAGCCAAAACAACAGCUUGGGUCUGGAAACACCCACACUCCUGAUAGCUGUCAAGUCUCAAGUAGGGAACUUUGAAAACAGGCAGGCCAUCCGGGAAACAUGGGGGCGAAGUGGUCUGGUGAAGGGGGAAUUAAGUAGAAAAGGUACAGUAGUGCACACAUUGUUUCUGCUGGGGAGGCAGGACUCAAGCACAGGUCCUCACCCAGACCUCAAAAACUUGCUGGCGCUGGAGAACGAGAAGUAUGGGGACAUCCUGCAGUGGGACUUCAGAGACACUUUCUUUAACCUGACACUAAAGGACUUACUGUUCUGGCGCUGGCUCCAGCGAUACUGCCCCAACGCCAUCUUCAUCUUUAAAGGGGAUGAUGAUGUCUUUGUUCGAACGGACGCCGUUCUGGACUACCUGCACAAGCAGUGGGAGGAGCAUAUCCUCUGGAGGGAGUACACCAAUGACACUGCCGCUUUGACAGAUUUGUUUGUGGGAGAUGUGAUCAGCAACGCGAUGCCGAACCGUGAGCCAACCACCAAAUACUACAUACCAGAAAGUUUCUACAAAGGCGCAUAUCCGCCGUACGCUGGAGGAGGAGGCGUCAUCUACUCUGGCAAACUAGCACUGCGAUUACUAGAGGUGUCCAACAGAGUGCGCCUUUUCCCGAUAGAUGACGUGUACCUGGGCAUGUGCCUGCACAGACUCGGACUCUCCCCAAGUCACCACCCGGGUUUCUUAACAUUUGAUCUCCCAGAGUCAGAGAGGGAGAAUCCCUGUGCUUACAGAGCAGUUCUGCUGGUCCACAGACGGAGCCCCAAAGAGAUGCUGACACUGUGGAAGCAGCUCCACAAUCUGCCGGCUAAAUGUGGAAGCUAAUUUGCCAUACAAAUAGGACUGGU